AACCACUGGAGUGAAUUAUUUUUAGUGAGCUGAACGUGGAUUGUGACAAUGAAAAAUUGAGGAAUAGUGUUUACAUUCAUUUUAUAAUUUAUUUUAAAGUUAUCUUUUUUAUCUCUAUAAAAAAGGAGAGGUGUAUGAAAGUUUCUUUACACAGUGCAAACACAUAUAAAUUGCUAAUUAUGUAUAAUGUACCACAUAAGUUUCGUCAAGUUUGUCGAUUGUGCCUCACAUUGGUUAACGAGUGCGAUGUUGCAGAACUACAAAUUUACGAUGUUUCAUCGCAUAAUAGUGCCGAAGAAGGGAAAACGGUUGAAUUACGGAGAGACGAGAAGCGUGCUGGCUGCUUUUGCAGUGCUUUGAGCCCAAAUCUGUGCAGCUGUAUCGGUGAUAACUCGCUAUCAGUAUCAGUAGUGCUGACCAAUAACGAAUCGGGUCCAAGCCAACCUAAAUCGCAAUCCCUUCUCCAAAACCGAACCCCAACCCAAAUCCAUUACACGCCAAGUGUGCCUUCUGCUGCUGACUUCAAGUCGAGUGAACGCGAACGCCAAUUGGAGUCGGAAAUCGCCGAAAGAUCAGUAUUCAAAAGUCAGUCAUCGUCAUCGUCGACGCAACAACAACAAAACCAGCAACAACAACAACAUCAGCAGCAGCAUAUAGCAAGCAGGGAGGUACAAUCCCAAUCAAAAUCGGAACUCCCGCGGGUGGAACAUAAUCAUAAUCAACGCGAACACACAAGUGUGAAUACAACAAAUAUAAGCGGAACCGAUAACUACGGCAAAGAGCACGGCAGAGAUGAUUCAUCACCACAUCUUACAUUUCAGAUAUUCAACUGUCUCUCUAUUAAGGCACUGCCUAACGAUGGAUUACCCAACGUGAUUUGUGCUGACUGCAGACAAAAAUUGGAUUCUUUUGAAAAAUUUCGUACCAUGGCGCACAACUCACAAAUAGCUUUGAAAGAAUUUUUAAAUAUAUCAAAAAAUAUAAAACUAGACGCAAAUGAUUUGGAAAUCAAGCUUGAUGCAAUUUUAAAGGCUUCAUCGGAGGCUAUAGCGGCAAAGGCUUUGACGGAGUUAAGCACUUUUUCUAAAGUUAAGUACGAUCAGAGUAAAUUAGAAUCCUCCAUCCAGCCUGGUUUGGAUAGAAAAAUCGAGAUUAGCAAUCAAGAUAUGCCAGCACAUAGCUCAUAUCCAAGUUUAUUCAAAUCAAUAAAAACAGAUCAAAAGAAGGUAAUGCCUGGAUCCUCGCACAGCCAGUUUGAUUCAAAACUGCAAAAGGACUCGGAGAUCGAGAAAUAUGAAAAUCUGCAACAGCAACUCGAAACGGCUGCCGUUUUAAUGGAUAUAAGCAAAAAAAUUGUUAUUUCCCCUCCAAGCUCGAAUCCCCAAUCUCCGUGUUUUUCUGCAGCUGUAGAUACAAGUAUUAAAAGUUCUGUGAUAAAAUCAAAACGUCCAUUAAACCAAAAUGAAAUUCAGGACGGUGUUGAAAUUGACCUAUCCGUCAAAAAACAAAAGAACGAUUACUCUAAUCAACGGAACUCGGCCCCAAUACACAAUUUUUGCCAAACUCCAAUGCUUGAUAUUCAGCCACACUUAAGAAGUGAAGAGGAUUUUCAAAACUACAGUAUUACCAUUAACCAAGUUGGUGGGUCCGACUACAAAUCGAAGGCCCCGAAGGCGAGUACUGGCUCUUUGCUGGACUCUGGCGACAGUUCCGAUUCUCACAAACUGGAAAUGGACAUCACGUCCUCAAUAAACGAUAGAAAGACCCCGGAUAGUCUAAGUUCGGAUCACGCCACGGACGCGGCAACUACUCAACUCUGGCAAGCACUUGCCCGAUCAGCCGCUAAGAGCAUAAUGACCCACCCCUUCGUGUUUCCGGCUCCGUCGUCAGUAUCAUUUACAAAAGUACCUGAAGAACCCAUAGCACUAUUAAAGGAUCUAUCAGAGGCUCAAUCCAGCAAAUCAAAACCAUGUAGAAGAAAACAAAGUUUUCCUACCAAAACUGAUUGCAUCGAUGUAGUUAAUGAGAAUGUGACUGAUACUUAUACCACUUCAGAAGCAGCUCCAGAGGACAAGAAAGAUAAAAGGAACAUUAACCUUUUUAAUGCCAUACCUGGUGCUCAAAAAGAUAUGUCAUGUUCGAAUUGUGGCACCCUUACCACAACAAUUUGGAGGCGGAGUGUUCGAGGAGAAAUGGUUUGCAAUGCCUGUGGAUUGUAUUUCAAGCUGCAUGGGGUCAACAGGCCGCAUUCUAUGAGACGCGAUACCAUACACACCAGACGCAGGCGUCCUAAAGAAUUGGAGCGAUCUAAAAAAAAACACAAGCAAAUGUCAUCAUGUUCUUCAAUGGAACCAACAAAACCAGAAUACUUGACGUCUAGGGAACAACCCCUUGAUAUUUCUGGUCUGGUUUUAAAUAAAUACAAAAAGGAAAUUGAUGAAUCCGAAACCGCAGCUACAAUCACAGAUAUUUUAUUAAGGCGGAAGAAGUUAAAUUCUUUGCCGGCGUUUAAUGAUACCUGUGAAAGUGCGGAUCUUUCCGCACCGCUUAACCUUGUUUCCAGUGAAAAUAAUGCAAAGUUAACAUAGAACGCCAAAUAUAUUCCCCUACUCACUUUUCGAAAAAACCUUUAAUACACAUUUUGUUUUUAUGAGGUCGCAUAAGAAAAACAAAAGUUAUAGGAUUAAAAAUACGUAUAGAUUAUUAAUAAAAAUUUUCAUUCUUUAAAACUAAA